CUCCUCUCCGCGCCACAGUCCCACACGCAACACCGCGCCAACAUGACCGAUCCCUGGGCCCGCAGAAAAACGAGACCGCUGCUCCUGAUGGUGGCGGCGGCGAUCAUUGCGACGGCGGCGGUGGGGACGGAGGCGGCGGCGGCGAGGGGGGGGCAGUGGAGUGGGGUGUGGGGGAACCAGCUGGGGGGCAGGGGGGGCGGCAGGGGGCUGGACAGGACGGGGGUUGUGGUGGCCUUUGAAACCCCUGACCAAGAACAGUUCCAGUAUGGCCGACCCGGAGAGGCUGUCUUCGGCGCCUACAGCUGGGUGAGUCCCGAGGGCGUCCAGGUGGUGAUUCGAUACGUGGCCGACGCUGCUGGCUUCAGGGUGAUCGGCGGCCCCGUGCCCAGGGACAGCCGGGGCGUGGCGGCGGACGGGCUGCAGGUGUUCCCAAGGGCGGCCGACGGGAGCCUCAUCCUGACCUGAAUCCCCCACCCGCCGCCCGCACGAGGAGGUGACGGAGGCGCGGCAGCAGGAGAGGAGAGAAGAGGCUGUGAAGAAGAGGAGAGAAGAGUAGACUUAAGCUAAAUGGAUGGAAUAAAGGAAACAAGAGGAGUGGAUGAGUAGAUUAGACUUAGAGCAGGAGGCGAGAAGAAAUAGACAAAAUUAAGGAAAAUAAAAAGAAAACGAGUAUCGAACAUGUAUACAGUAUAGGAAGAGCGGAAUAAAUGAAAUAAAGAAAGGAUUGAAGAGAAGAUAUUAAGAAGAAGAAAAGGAAAUGUGAAUAGACGAGAAAUAGAACAGGAGAAGAGAAGAAAUAGACAAGAUUAAGGUCAGGAAGAAGAAGAAAACGAGUAUCGAACAUGUAUAGAGUAUAGGAAUAGUGGAAUAAAUGAAAUAAAGAAAGGAUUGAAGAGAAGACGUGAGAAUAGACGAGACUUAGAACAGAGGACGAGAAGGAAAGACAAGUUGAAGGAAUGGAAGAAGGAAAAGAGGAGGAGGAGGAGGAGGAGGAGUUGAUGGAUUGAAAUAGGAAGUGGAGAAAAGAUGAUUUUAAAGAGAGGAGAAGGAGAGAGAGGAUAAAGAAGAGCUGAGUAGAGGAGGAGAGAGAGAGAGAGAGAGAGAGAGAGAGAGAGAGAGAGAGAGAGAGAGAGAGAGAGAGAGAGAGAGAGAGAGAGAGAGAGAGAGAGAGAGAGAGAGAGAGAGAGAGAGAGAGAGAGAGAGAGAGAGAGAGAGAGAGAGAGAGAGAGAGAGAGAGAUUACUUAAGAUACCAAAGCAAGGGAGAAAAGAAAGAAAAAAAUAUAUAAAUGAAAAAAAAUAAACGAAUAUCUUUAAGAGAGAGAGAGAGAGAGAGAGAGAGAGAGAGAGAGAGAGAGAGAGAGAGAGAGAGAGAGAGAGAGAGAGAGAGAGAGAGAGAGAGAGAGAGAGAGAGAGAGAGAGAGAGAGAGAGAGAGAGAGAGAGAGAGAGAGAGAGAUUAUUUAAGAUACCAAAGCAAGGGAGAAAAUAAAAAAAAAUAAAAAAAUGAAAAAAAUAAACGAAUAUCUUUAAGAGAGAGAGAGAGAGAGAGAGAGAGAGAGAGAGAGAGAGAGAGAGAGAGAGAGAGAGAGAGAGAGAGAGAGAGAGAGAGAGAGUAUAACCUUAAUAAAAAAAAAUAAAAAAACGAGUACAAAUCGAAACACACACACACACACACACACACACACACACACACACACACACACACACACACACACACACACACACACACACACACACACACACACACACAC